ACUCAUUCAAAGCCAAGUCUUCAAUCAGGUAAGAUCUUGUUCUGAGCAAUGACCAUGUUGAAAGGCGAUUGCAGUAGCUUUUUGUUGAGACAACCUGGUUCACACUUCUUCAGCUCCAUCACCAGCAAUAUCAACAGGAGGAACAAAAACUGGAAGCCUCCACAAGCAGCUGAGAGACUUGAUUCUCAUCUCCCAGUGAGCAGCUCAGUCAUAAAAAAUAGGACAUCAAUUGAGGACGUAAGGAGUCUGAGAUUGAUAACUGCCGUUAAGACGCCAUACCUACCUAGUGGCCGAUUCGAUCUUGAAACAUAUGAUAAUAUGGUGAAUAUGCAGAUUGCAAAUGGCAUUAAAGCUAUUCUUGUUGCUGGAUCAACUGGUGAAGGCCAAUUAAUGACCUGGGAUGACCAAAUAAUGCUCAUUGCACACACAAUCAACUGUUUUGGUGAUAAAGUUAAGGUUAUUGGCAACGGCGGAAGCAACUGCACAUCAGAAGCAAUUCAUGCCACAGAGCGGGGUUUCGCUGUUGGAAUGGAUGCCGCCCUUCAUAUAAACCCCUACUAUGGCAAAACCUCCUUGGAUGGUUUGGUUGCUCACUAUAAUAGUGUGCUUUCCAUAGGCCCUGUCAUCAUUUAUAAUUCACCCCAAAGGACUGCUCAAGAUAUUCCUCCUAGUAUAAUUGAAAUCUUGGCUCAAAGUCCUAACUUGGUUGGUGUUAAGGAGGGUAUGGGAUAUGACAGGAUCAAACAGUAUACAGAUAAAGGACUUGCUGUGUGGACUGGGAUUGAUAAACAAGGCCAUGAGGCUAGAUGGGAUUGGGGCGCUGUUGGAGUUCAAUCUGUUGCUGCCAACCUGAUUCCUGCUUUGAUACUAGAACUCAUGUUUGGAGGAAAGAAUCCAUCAUUGAAUUCAAAGCUUUUGCCUCUGUUUGAGUGGCUUUCCCAGGAGCCAACCCCAAUUGCUUUGAACACAGCUCUUGCUCAACUUGGGGUUAUCAAGCCAGUUUUCAGGCUACCUCAUGUACCCCUGCGAACGGAGAAGAGGGAAGAGUUUGUCAAAUUGGUGAAGGAAAUCGGUCGAGAGCAUUUUGUUGGAGAAAAAGAUGUUCAAGUUCUUGAUGAUGAUGACUUUAUCACAGUUGCUCGGUAUUAAUUUAGAUUUCCUUCUUGAAGCCUUACUUUGAGUUACUCUUUCUAUUGGGUAUUAUAUCCAUUCAAAGGGUUGCCAAAGUGCAAAAACCAGAUCAGGUCAGUGCAUAUUCUAAAGCCAAAAUCAAUUGACAAACUUUUGUGAAUAGCUUCUCGAUGUCAUAAUUGAUUCUGCGAAAAAAGUCGAUACAAACAUGCUAUUAAUAAAGUCAAUAUUUUGGUUUCUUUUCCA